AUGGUUCAGAUUCAGCCUUUCGAAGUUGAGCUGUGGCUGGAUAAAUAUGAAUAUACACCAGGCGUCCUCAAUAUAUCAGAGACCUGCUCAGCUCCCAUCACCCUUGACGAGCUUCAAGGCCUCUCUAGCUCUGCCACCCCCUCGCCGUUGCUAGACACCACCCUCCCACUGUCAUACGGUGCCGUCCGGGGAUCGGAGCAACUGCGCGACCUGAUAAACCGCCUUCACGUCGGCGAGGGGCACGACCCCGAAAACGUCAUCAUCACUCAAGGCGCUAUUGCCGCGAACUUCCUGGUGUUUUACACGCUUGUCGGAAAGGGCGACCAUGUCAUUUGCGCAUACCCGACAUUCCAGCAGUUGUAUAGUGUGCCGGAGAGUCUCGGGGCCGAGGUGACGUUGUGGAAGUUGAAGCCGGAGAACGGUUUCAUUCCCGACGUGUCGGAGCUCGCGCAACUGGUCAAGUCCAAUACCAAGAUGAUUGUGAUAAAUAAUCCAAACAAUCCGUCAGGCGCCGCGAUACCUACGCAAACCCUCAAGGAGAUCAUAGACUUUGGUAAGGAGAGGGACAUCGUGGUCCUUUCCGACGAGGUUUACCGGCCGCUCUUCCAUGGCCUUGGGGUCGACGGAGCGGAUAUACCACCACCUGCCACAGCACUUGGAUACCAAAAAACGAUUGUCACAGGCUCGAUGUCAAAGGCAUACGCGCUGCCCGGUAUCCGGAUUGGCUGGGUUGCCACCAACGAUGAAUCCAUUGCGCAGGCGCUCCGGGAAGCCAGGAGUUACACUACGAUCAGCGUAUCCCAGAUCGAUGACCAGAUAGCGCAAUACGCGCUCUCUCCCGAGGUCUACACCAACCUAAUAGCGCGAAACUCGGGGCUCGCGAGGCAGAACCUGGAACUCCUAGAGGCAUUCGUCAAGCGAUAUCCAACCGUGUGCUCGUGGGUGAAGCCAAACUCGAGCAGUACCGCAUUCAUCCAAUUUCGUAAGAACAAGCCGGUGCCCGCCCCAGUUGACGAUGUUGCGUUCUGCCUCGAUGUCCUGGAAAAGACCAAGGUCAUGCUCGUGCCGGGGUCAAAGUGCUUCGGUGAGGGCAAGGAUUUUGAGGGAUAUGUGCGCAUCGGUUACGCCUGUUCAAGCGAAGUACUCAUCGAGGCCCUACAAAAGCUCGGCGAGUAUGUAGAGCAGCACCUCUUAUAA